GCAAAAAAAUUGUCUAUUUAAAACCCUUUGUAACCAAACAAUAACCCCGGAAAAAAACUUAAUAUAAAUUGACAAUUUGUUUUCAAUCUCCCAAGUCAAAGAAGUUGAAUUAAUGGAAAAAGUAAAGAAGCAGCAUCACCAAACACUAGCUUUCAUCUUCUUGUUGAUUAUCCUAUUGUCUUUAACAAACAAGUCAGGAUCAACAUCAUCGGACUCAUCAAAAGCUCGAAAGCAUCACUUUGUUCUAGUGCAUGGAUCAUGCCACGGAGCAUGGUCAUGGUACAAGGUUAUUACACUUCUCAAAUCGUGGGGUCACAAUGUGACUGCCUUAGACUUGGGAGCUUCAGGGGUCAACCAAAAGAAGGCUUUGGAGCUUAAAUCAAUUUCUGAGUACUUUGAGCCUUUGAGUGAGUUCAUGGCUUCAUCAGUGGACAAAGGUGAAAGAGUGGUUCUUGUUGGUCAUAGCCUUGGUGGCUUGGCCAUAUCCCAUGCCAUGGAGCAUUUUCCUCACAAGAUUUCUGUGGUUGUCUUUGUCACAGCUAUGAUGCCUGGUCCAACACUCAACAUAUCCACCCUCAAUCAGAAGCUAACUUCAUGUCUUCUUUGCUAG